GUCCCUUCCUCAGUGUCACAGACCAGAACACAGAAUAUCCUGGCUGCUGCAACAUUACCAUGGAAGUCAGUGCCGAUGUAGAUAAUCUGAUCUUUUUUGUAAACGGCAGAAAGAUCACAGAGCAGCAUGCAGAUCCGGCGGAAAUGCUACUGCCUUACCUGAGGAGAAAACUGCACUUGACAGGUACAAAGUACGGCUGCGGAGGAGGCGGCUGCGGAUCCUGUACCGUGAUGGUGUCACAUAUCCACCCUGUCUCCAAGAAGAUCCUACAUUACUCAGUCAACGCCUGCUUACUGCCUGUCUGCGUUCUCCAUGGUGUUGCCGUCACUACAGUGGAGGGGAUUGGGAGCACCACCCCCAGAAUGCACCCGGUACAGGAGAGGAUAGCCAAAGCUCACGGCUCCCAGUGCGGGUUCUGCAGCCCUGGAAUGGUGAUGUCCAUGUACUCUCUGCUGAGGACUCACCCGGAACCCACCAUGGAACAGAUAUAUGAAGCCCUCGGGGGAAAUCUCUGCCGCUGUACCGGAUACCGGCCAAUACUCGAUGGCUGCCAGACCUUCUGCAAGGAGUUGAACUGUUGCAAACGUGAGCAGAGCCCCAGAGCUGGCGAGAUGGGCAGUGACCGCGGGGAUAAUAUAACUACUUUGCUGCUGAACAAAGAAGAAUUGUCACCAUUGGAUCCAUCCCAGGAAUUGAUUUUUCCUCCUGAACUAAUUUUGAUGGCAGAGAAGCAAAGUUUGCAGACUUUGGUCUUCCGGGGAGACGCGGUGACGUGGAUUACGGCUUUUACCUUGAAGGAACUUCUGGAUUUAAAAGAGAAAUAUCCAGCGGCCCCUCUUGUAGUAGGAAAUACCAGCAUCGGGCCUGAGAUGAAGAGUAAAGGAUUCAUCCCUCCGAUUAUUAUCUCUAUUGGGAGGAUCCCGGAGCUUCAUACUGUGACAUACACAAAGGACGGGAUAUCUAUAGGCGCUGCCUGCACGUUAUCCACGCUGAAGGAUACGCUGGCUGAAGCCGUGUCUCACCUCCCAGAUGAGAAGACCGAGACUUUCCGAGCUCUGUUACAGCAGCUGAGAACCCUGGCCGGGCAGCAGAUCAGGAAUGUGGCUUCAUUAGGAGGACAUAUAGUUACCCGGAGCUCCAACUCCGAUCUGAACCCCAUACUGGCCGCCGGCAACUCUGUUCUACAGGUGGAAUCUAAAGGAGGCGCUCGGCGGAUCCUCUGCAAUGACGGCUUCUUCCAGUGCAAGGACUUAUCAUCCUGUCUCCUGUCGGAAGAGGUUCUUGUGUCUGUGAUCAUUCCGUAUACACAGAAGUGGGAGAUUGUGUCAGCUUUUAGACAAGCGCAGAGGAAGGUCAACGCUGCACCUACAGUGGUGGCCGGGAUGAGGAUCCUUUUCUGCGAGAACUCAGACGUCAUUAAAGACCUGAACAUUUACUUUGGCGGGAUUGGGGCAAGCACGGUUCAUGCGGAGAAGACCAGAGAAUCAGCGAUCGGAAGGCAGUGGAACGAGGAGAUGUUGGAUGACGCGUGUAGGUGUAUACUGGAUGAGGUUUCUCUUCCAUCGUCAGCUCCCGGGGGAAAGGCGGAAUACAGGAGAGCAUUGACAGUCAGUUUUCUCUUCAAGUUCUACCUGGAGGUCCUACAUACCCUGAAGUCACAGUACAGAGUGAAUGAUCGCAGCUAUCCUGCAGAGAUAUCACUGAACAACAUUAAAAAUGGCAUUAGGCAAAGAGCAAAACUGGCAAGUGUACAGAAAUAUCAGAGUGCUACUGCUCAUCAGCCCAUUCAGGAUACUGUAGGGCGGCCCAUCAUGCACCGCUCAGCCAUGAUGCAAGUGUCCGGAGAAGCGGUGUACUGUGACGACAUGCCAGCCAUUGAUGGAGAGCUCUUCAUGGCUUUGGUGACCAGCACAAGAGCUCACGCAAAGAUCAUAUCUAUGGAUCUGACAGAAGCAUUGAGUAUGCCAGGAGUGUGUGAUGUCAUCACUGCAAAAGAUGUUCCUGGAACAAAUCAAUUUUGUUAUUAUAAUUGGCCAGACCAGUUACUAGCAGAUACAAAGGUCCUGUGUGUUGGGUAUAUAGUGUGUGCCGUGGUGGCUGACACACCGGACCGUGCACACCAAGCUGCAAGACAGGUGAAAGUCGUCUAUGAAGACCUAGCACCAGUGAUUCUCACUAUUGAGGACGCAAUAAAGCACAACUCCUUCUUUGAACCGGAAAUUAAAUUGCACCAUGGUAACGUUGAUGAGGGUUUCGGAACAGCAGACCAGAUACUGGAAGGGGAGUUACAUAUUGGAGGACAGGAACACUUCUACAUGGAGACCCAAAGCAUCCGUGUGGUGCCCAGCAGAGAGGGCCCGGACAUGGACAUCUACGCCUCCUCACAGGACCCCACAUACGUGCAGGAACUUGUGGCGACAACUCUGGGCAUACCGUCCAAUCGCAUCAGCUGCCACGUGAAGCGGAUCGGAGGGGCGUUUGGCGGUAAAAUUGUAAAGACAGCCUAUAUAGCAGCAAUUACCGCGGUGGCCGCAAAGAAAACCAAACACCCGGUCCGCUGUGUGUUAGAACGCGAUGAAGACAUGUUGGUCACCGCUGGCAGGCACCCGUAUCUUGGGAAGUACAAAGUGGGAUUUAUGAAUGAUGGGAGAAUCGUGGCGGCUGAUGUCAGUUUAUACAGUAAUGGUGGCUAUUCUGGGACAGAAUCUAUCUUUAUAAUGGAGUUGUCGGUGCUUCAGACAGACGCUUCCUACCAGCUCCCCAAUCUGAGAUGCUAUGGAAGAGUUUGCAAAACGAACCUCCCAUCUAACGUAUCGUUCCGAGGGUUUGGGUUCCCGCAGUGUGCUCUGAUUACAGAAGUCUGGAUGGAUGAAGUUGCAGCAAAGUGCAACCUAGCCCCUCAUCAGGUCAGAGAGAUGAACAUGUACAGAAACGUCAGUGUGACACCGUCCCGGCAGGAGUUUGAUAUGACCAAUCUGAGCAGAUGCUGGCAGGAGUGCAUGGAAAGCGCCGGAUACCACCCCAGGGUGAAAGCAGUAAGAGAAUUCAACAAACGAAACCACUGGACAAAACGGGGCAUAGCCAUUAUCCCACUGAAGUAUCCAGUCGCCUUUUGUGUGGCCUAUCAAAAUCAGGCUGCAGCGUUGGUUCACAUUUACUGUGACGGUUCCGUGUUAGUGUCACAUGGGGGUACUGAGAUGGGACAAGGCAUUCAUACCAAAAUUGCCCAGAUAGCCAGCCGGGAGUUGGGGUUACCUAUAUCUUACAUCCACAUCUGUGACACUAACACCGCCACGGUCCCCAAUACCAUUGCUUCCGCUGCUAGUAUUGGGACAGAUGCAAAUGGGAUGGCAGUUAAGAACGCUUGUGAGAAACUCAUGAAGAGGCUAAAACCGAUUGUCAGCAAAACUCCUAACGGCACCUGGGAGAGUUGGAUAAAGGAAGCGUUUAUUCAAAGAAUAAGCCUCUCAGCCACCGGGUAUUUUAGAGGUUACGAAACCUAUAUGGACUGGGAGAAAGGAGAAGGACGCCCAUUCGCAUAUUGUGUUUUCGGUGCUGCCUGCGCUGAGGUUGAAGUAGAUUGUCUAACUGGAGAUUAUAAGAGCAUCAGAGCAGACAUUGUCAUGGAUACAGGCUGCACCAUUAACCCAGCCAUUGAUGUGGGGCAGAUUGAAGGAGCGUUUGUCCAGGGAAUUGGCCUUUAUACCACAGAGGAGCUGAAAUACUCCCCAGAUGGGGUCCUGCUGACACGGGGCCCGGGAGAGUACAAGAUCCCCUCUGUUUAUGACAUUCCUCAGGAGUUUUAUGUGUCACUGCUGCCUUCAUCCCAAAACCCUUAUGCCAUCUACUCCUCCAAGGGCAUCGGGGAGCCGGCCGUCUUCCUGGGGUGUGUGGUGUAUUUUGCCAUAAAGGACGCUGUGUCCGCUGCUCGGAAGGAGAGGGGUUUGUCUAAUACUUUUACACUGAACAGCCCUGCGACCCCAGAGAGGAUACGGCUGGCGUGUGGAGACCAGUUCACCGAGAUGAUUCAAAAAGACGUCCCAGAGAGCUUUAUACCAUGGUCCAUUGAUGUGUGAUAGAGUUUCUGGAUAUAUAAAUAUACUCAGGGGACAAUCUGCAUGUCGAAAAAGCAACAUAAUAACAGACAUAGGAGACUAUGAAGUGGUCUUACAUAAUGACAGUGACGUGUAAAAUCAAUAUGGCUGGAUUGUGAUCUCAAAUGUAAAAUGUAUUUUGUUAACUGACUAUGCCUGUUGUUGAAAAUACCUAUAAAGUACUAUGAUCAUGA